AUGCCGCCUACGGCCACGAUGCCCCGAUCUCCUGGCGUUGGCGCUGUCGGAGCAUCCAGGGGCCAGGCUGCGAGAACAGGUAGUCCUUUCUUUCGACUUGCCCUCAUCUUCGGAGCCUUGCUGGUGUACCUAGGCUAUCGAGCCACUGUUCCAAGCUCACACAAAGUGCUCGAGUCUGCCGUCUCUUUUACGCCUUCCUCUGCAACCAUAUCUCGACGCGUGGUGGCAGUUGCCGACCUACAUGGGGACCUGCAACACGCGCACAAUGUGCUUCGCAUGGCCGGCAUCAUCGAUGCGAGCGCCAACUGGAUAGGUGGUGAUGCUGUGCUGGCUAGUACGGGAGACAUUGUGGAUAGAGGAGACGAUACGAUCGAGCUAUACAAGAUGUUUGAUAGGCUCAGACAGCAGGCACUAGAACAUGGCGGAGAGGUGCGAAACUGCCUCGGAAAUCACGAGAUGAUGAAUGCGCUUCACGACUGGCGCUAUGUGACGCCCGGAGACGUCAAAUCGUUUGGCGGUCCUCAAGCGCGGAGGAACGUCAUGUCAAGCUCAGGCUGGAUCGGAAAAGCAUGGAUGUCCAACUAUACGAUCAGCCAGACUGUGCCUCUUCUCUCACCCCACAAGGUCCCACCAGGUGUGCCAUCUCAUUACGCGGUGCCGCAUGCUAGCUUUGUGCACGGAGGCAUCCACCCUGAGUGGGCUGCCAAAGGUCUGGAUCACAUCAACGAAGUAGGAAGAUCUCUGCUCUUCAGAGCGCUGGACUGGAAAAGUCCCAGAGGGCACUUGCCACCCGAUACUAGCAGGGAAGAGAUGUCGCUGUAUGACGAGAUGGGCCCGCUUUGGUAUCGAGGAUAUGCUUACGAGACGGAGGAGGAGGUGUGUCACUUGGCCCACGCCGCCAAGGAAUCUUUGGGUGUCAGGCAUCUUGUCAUGGGACACACGCCUCACUUUGAUGGCUUUGUAGUCCGAUGCGACGCCGCGGUCUUGCUCAUAGACACUGGAAUCUCUCGGGCAUACGGCGGAGAACAGUCGGCGCUCAUCUUUGACACCGAGCUCUUACCUCUAGCUAAAGGAGCUUGGGAAGAGAGGUCUACAUUGACUGCGUUGUACCGAGGGAGAAGACCAAAGAUCAUCAAGGAGAUCCGAAGGGUCGUAUAGUCACGCGUAUUGUUGUCGAAAUGUGCAUAGAAUUGCGAAUCCAGCG